CCUAACCUGUCCUUUUAUUUGGUAAUUCCUCCAUAAACCCCGGAAAGGAUAAAGAAAAGAAAAAACACAGUGAACCCUCACACACAAAGUGCAGCUCCAAGCUUCCAAUUCCAAUUCCGGCAGCUUCCCGCAGAUCCAAAGAAGCUAUGGUGAAUCAGCCAGUGGGCAACGAUACUGAUAAUACGGAGAGAUCCAAAGAAGCCUUGGUGGAGAAUCAACAGCACGACAACUUCACUGAUGAUACAGAGAGAUCUGAAGAAUCCAUGGGGAAUCAGCAGAACAACAUCGUCGGCAACAAUACAGAGAUGUCUAUGGAGUCUGAUGAUCAGCGUAAGUGGCCUGAUAUUGAGGACAGCUGUAAGAUACAAUCGAUAUCAAGCGGUGAAGGAUCACCUGAAGUUUAUUUUUACCCACGCAACGGGUCACCUUCUAAGACUAAGAUGUCAGGACCCAAGCAGUUUCUGCAAAAGGCAUGGAAAUGGUUUCCAGGAAAAGGAAGAAAGUAACUUCAGCUAGCUGUUCUUUCCUUCUUUUUGUUUUUCCAAAUUUUGAAAUCCCAUUGACAACAUUGCAUUGUUGUAAGAUGGUUUCGAUAGCUUUAUUUUUCUUCUGGAAUAGUUUCCACAUUUAUGGUUCCUAAAAGGCCCCUUUGUUUAGUAUCUCUUGUGGAAUAUGGGCCCCCCUUUUGCCAGUUUUGGUCCAACUGAAGAAUUCAGGGCUGUUUCUAUGGUCCCCUUUGCGAUUCUUCAGGAUCGAAUUAUGUGGCCUUGGAGGGUGGUGGUUUGGCUAUCAAAAUAUGGAAGAUGGUGAGGUCUUCUGGUGUGCUUGUGUGCAAGUGGAUAAAGGGAGAGAAACCAUAGGAGUUUUAUUUUAAGGCAAAACGUCACUUUUGGUCAAUGUGGUUUAUCACCUUUACCGCUAAGGCAUGUGGUUUUAAUUUAGUCAUUUUUGUCCAUGUGAUUUUAAUUUGAAGCAAUUCAAGGAUGAUUUUCCAUUUC